AUGACGGGGGGCGUGCUGGGGCAUGUGUCGCCCUCCAGCACACCUGGGAUCGAUGCAGAUGGGGAGCUGUACUCUGGAACGUCUGCAGAUUUCAUGGGAAGAGACUUUGCCAUUUUCAGAACCCUGGGAGAGCAUCAUCCAAUCAGAACAGAGCAACAUGACUCAAGAUGGCUGAAUGACCCAAGGUUUGUGGGCGUGAAUCUGAUUCCUGAGAGCGACAACCCGGAGGAUGAUAAGAUCUUCCUGUUCUUCCGAGAGAACGCCAUGGAUGGAGAGAACACAGGUAAGAACACCUUAGCCAGGAUAGGACAGCUGUGUAAAAUGACCUUGGGGGGCCACAGGAGCCUGGUGAACAAAUGGACCACCUUCCUCAAGGCUCGUCUCACGUGCUCAGUACCCGGAGCCAACGGCAUCGACACACACUUUGACGAACUGCCGGACGUUUUUCUGAUGAGCUCCAAGGAACCAAAGAACCCUGUGAUCUAUGCAGUUUUUCACCACAUCCCAGCAACCAGCAACAUCUUCAAGGGCUCUGCAGUGUGUAUGUACAGCAUGGCUGACGUCAGGAGGGUGUUCCUGGGUCCCUACGCCCACAGAGAUGGCCCUAACUUCCAGUGGGUUCCCUUCCAGGGGCGCGUGCCCUACCCCCGCCCUGGCACGUGCCCCAGCAAAACCUUCGGAGGGUUCGACUCCACCAAAGACCUGCCCGAUGACGUCAUCACCUUCGCCAGGGGGCACCCCGCCAUGUACAACCCGGUUCACCCCAUGGGGGGGCGUCCCAUCGUGGUGCGGACGGACGUGGAGUACCAGUUCUCCCAGCUGGUGGUGGACCGGGUGGAGGCGGAGGAUGGCCAGUACGACGUCAUGUUCAUCGGCACAGACCGGGGCACCGUGCUGAAGGUGGUCACCAUCCCCAAGGAGAGCUGGCAUGACCUGGAGGAGGUGGUGCUGGAGCAGAUGACCGUGUUCCCGGAGCCCACACCCAUCACAGCCAUGGAGCUUUCCACCAAGCAGCAGCAGCUGUACCUGGGCUCGGCCCUGGGCGUAUCCCAGAUGCCCCUGCACCGCUGUGAGGUGUACGGCAAGGCGUGUGCGGAGUGCUGCCUGGCCAGGGACCCUUACUGCGCCUGGGACGGGACAGAGUGCUCCAGAUACUUUCCAACUGCCAAAAGGAGAACGAGACGCCAGGAUAUCAGGAAUGGAGAUCCUCUCUCCCAGUGCUCUGACCUGCAGCACCAUGAUGACGUGGAUGGGGUGGGCAGGGUGCAGGACAGGAGUGUGUACGGUGUGGAGAACAGCAGCAUGUUCCUGGAGUGCAGCCCCAAAUCCCAGAGAGCGCUCAUCUACUGGGAGUUCCAGAGACCCAACGAGGAACGCAAGCACGAGAUCAAGGCGGAGGACAGGGUGAUCCGUACUGAGCAGGGACUCCUGCUUCGCAGCCUUGUCCAGUCCGACUCCGGGGUGUACCACUGCCACGCGGUGGAGCACGGCUUCAUCCAGCCCCUGCUGCGCCUCACCCUCCAGGUCAUCCCCUCCCAGAGGCUGAGCGAGCUGCUCCCAGGGCCCCCGGCUGGGGCCGGGGCCCAGGGCCACUCGCCCAAAAACAAGCCCUGGUACCGGGACUUCCUGUCCCUCCUGGACCACCCGGACCUGAACAGCGUGGAGGAGUUCUGCGACCGUGUCUGGCGGAAGGAGCGCAAGCAGCGGAGGGUAAAAACCCCCGCCGUCCAGGGGGUGUCCCUCAGGGCGGACGGCACAGGCGGCCCCAGCCUCGCACCCAGGGCCAAGGGCCCCAGCAGCCCGUCCAACGCCCAGAAGCAGCAGGGAGGGCCUCCGUCCGAGGUCAGCCAGAAGCUCCAGAGGACCCAGGGCGUCGAGGGGACCCCGCAGGGACCCAACCCCCAGAAACCUCAACUGAUAUCGGGUACGGUGAGCAGUCAACCGCCCAAGAACAACCAGAAGGGCCAGAACUCUCAGGCUCAGCCGAGCAGCCAGACGCCACAGAAGGGCCAAGGAGGUCAGGGGGGCUCCCAGGGGGGCUCCCAGGGGGCUGGGGGGGGGCGGGGGGGGGCCCAACACAACGCCAAGUGGAGGCGCAUGCAGGAGAACAAGAAGGGACGCAACCGGAGAACACACGAGCAGCAGAGACCACCGCGUAGUGUGUGAGACCACCACACACACACACACCUCAUACCCCAUACACACACAUACACACACACCUCAUACACACACAUACACACACCUCAUACACACACAUACACACCUCAUACACACAUAUACACACUACACAUCUGUUCUGUUCACUCAUCUACAGAUUCAUUAUAAUUAUAAACUAUGUAGGGGCAAACAAUCAUAUUCCAUUCUCAUAAUCCGAGCACACACACAGGCAAGAGUGACCAUGCACACACACACACACACACACACACACACACAGAAAAACAUACUCUCACACACUGCAAAUACCCUGUGAAGACUUUUAGAAGACCGAAGACAAACAGGAUGAAAAAAAAAAAAAACUGGAACUGGAAUUGAA